AUGCUUAUACAAGACCCAACCCCAUCUGUCAAUACCAUAAUACAGCCAACAUCCCUUAAUUCUAUAAUACCUACCAAAACUAUAACAAGCCUUCAAACACAUUUUGAAGAACAAAAACCUGAAGCAUGUUCUUCUCUAUUUUUGAAAGCAUAUAUUAAAGAAAAACAUAUAGAACAAGUAUGGACUAUGGAAGAUGAAGAUAUUUUGCAUCCAAAAGAUAUAGGUUGA